AUGGAAUCAACGCAAGGCGAAAAUAAUGAAACAGUACCGAAGAAUGGUGAUAUAUACAAUGGUAGUACAGAAAGAGAUCAAUUGGAAUCAGAAUUUAAACAAGUACUACAUUCAUCAAAUGGAUUAAAAGAUAAGCUGAAUUUAAAUGAAAUAAUAUCAACUUUUGAUAAAUUAAUCAAAUUACAAUAUGAAAUAGAUGGUAUUCUAGAAUAUCCAAAUACAUGGUGGGCAAUUGACUUAUUAUUAUAUCCUGUUUUCACUCUGAAAUUUGAAUAUCAUUUUAUUUCACAUCUGCAGACUAAUAAAUUAAGUAAACCAGAAUGGCCAUUAGAAUUUACAGAAUCAUUCCUUGAAGAAAACAUCUCAUUUUUACAAUUCAUAGUAGAUGACUCACUUAGCAAGUUUGAUCUAAUAGGUGCAUUUGAAAUUAUUACCAGUUUAUUAGCUUCCCUUCGUUCAAAAUUUAUAAACUCAAUUGAAAAUAUAAAUAAUAGUCAAAAGCAAGGUAGGUUAUUAUCACAUUUAAUUCACGAAUUAAACAAUUUUGAUUUAAGAAUAUCUAAUAAAUAUAAAUACAACCAUAGUUUAACAUCAGAUAUAUUACUAUCAAAUGAUUCAAUAGUACAAAAUAUAAUCAAAUUUGAACUUGAUAUGUCAUUGAAUAGAUUUCACGAGAUUACAAACGCUAAUGAAGCAUAUCAGAUAGAUGUAGAUUAUAAAGGAGAACCAGGGAGUGUUAGGCCAAGUUACUCAAGUUAUGGAAUUUCAAAAUUAAUUACGAUAUUGAAUGGUAAAGUGAAGGAAUUGAAGCUUGUCAAAUAUCAAUUGAAAUAUUUAUCUAAGAUACAAAUGCACAUACUUGAAACAUAUUACGAAAGCAUACAGGAAAGGUAUAAGGACAUUUCAUCAACAUUAAAUUUUAAGAAAAUAUCACUUAUUCCUGGUUCAAUAGAGCACGAUGAGAAAAGAGAAGAGACAAAGAUAUUCAAUAGUCUCACAAGUCUAGUUGAGAUGUUUUGCACUUUGAGAUUUAUGAUUAAUGAGAUGGAGUGUUGGAAUAAUGAAUUGAUAUACAUUCAGCUCUGGCAACAAUAUAAAAAACUAGAUCCAAGUACUACAGACACAGCAUUAUUAGACUAUCUCAUAGUUAAAUAUGAUUCACUUUUCAAUACUAUAUUUGAAAAUGUUAUAUCUUUUUUGAAAUUUGAAAUGAAGAAUUUGUUAAAAAAUUAUAUAAAUUCAAGUAGGUGGAUACUACUCGAAACAAAUGGUCCAAAUGUCAAACUUGCUAAUUUCAUAGACAUAUUUCCAAAUUAUUUGAGUUUUAUAAGCAAGAACAUUUCACAAUUCGAUUAUUAUAUAAUUACAAGUUCCAUCUUAUCUAAUUUUUGUGAUUUGAUAUAUGAGUAUAUAUUAACAAAUAAUAAACUUAACAGUUUUGGAGUUAGUCAACUUGUUAUUGAUUUCAAUUAUAUAAUUAAAAAUUUGAGUAGUUGUUUAUAUUUGAAUGGUGGUGGUGAGUUUAGUAAUGAUGACAAUAUCAAGUAUAUUAAAUUAGUUCAAGCUAUUGAUUUAUUGGAUUCUUUGAAAGAUGUUGAUGUUCUGAAAUAUAGAGAUGAUGGAAAUAUUGGUGAUUUCAGAGGAGAGUAUGAUCAUAAAUUAAAUCAAUUGACAAAUUAUGAUAUUAAAAGUUUGUUAAUAAGGUUACAGAAUAUAUAA